AUGAAGCGUUCGCGAGAGCCCCAAGAGGAUAUAAACCUUGCAUAUCCUGGCAGCCCUGAUGGAGAUAUGCUUCCCUCUGGUCUUCAACACGCUGCUAAAUAUACAGAACUCGACCCGGCCGUGGGCCAAGUAGACACAGAAAGCAGCUCGCUAGUUCGCAUACUCUGCUCCUUACCGCCUCACUCCGAAAUGGCCUUUGACUCCUACACCGCAUAUGAGGUGCAUUACAGCAGCCACCACACGAAUCGCUGUCUGCAAUGUCGCAAGAACUUCCCCAGCGAGCACCUUUUAGGGGUACAUAUUGAGGAAUUGCACGAUCCCAUUGUCAGGGUUCGGCGAGAUCAGGGCGCCCAUACUUAUUCUUGCUUCGUCGAGGGCUGCGAUAGGAAAUGCAUGACGCCGCAGAAGCGCCGUAUGCACAUGAUUGACAAACACAGUUAUCCAAAGAACUUCUUCUUCGCCGUGACCCGCGACGGCAUCGACGGCCGCCGAUCGCUACUCGUCGAGGGCGGCGGUGGAGGCAGAUCACGGCGACGCAGCUCUUCGGCGGCCUCUCAGACCAAAGAGGCACGCCGGCGAGCCGCCACGCUGGAGGGCAAGACACCGGGCGCGGGAGAGCAGCCCUCCGAGUCCCAGGCCGCGGAUCAGCAGCAAGCCACCUCGUCAGCCAAAGUCGACGAUGACAUUGAUGCCAUCACUGGCAGCAUGGCUUCGUUGCGUUUUGUUCCCGCAGUGAUUAAAUUCGGCACCAGAAAUCGGCGUGGUUUUGCCAAACAAUAG